AUGCGUGCAGGCCUGCCUGUUGGCAAGAAUGCGGGACACAUCACCACGGUGCGAGCACUGCCCGACAAGCCUAGCAACAGAAAGGGAAAGGCGUCCAAGCGAUCCAUCUUCGUUCGCUCAGUCGUCCGCGAUGUCGCUGGCUACGCACCCUACGAGCGUCGUGUGAUGGAACUCAUCCGAAACUCCAAGGAC